GAGAAUGCUAGUUUUAAGACACUUCAGCAUUGGUUUCACUCGGUAGAACUGGAGGUUGCCGUCUGGUUCCACUCAUAUUUAAGUGCUGUGACUCACCAGCCAUUUACUGCAAAAUCUGACAUUCCUCAAAACUGACUUUGUUCAGACUCCACUGGACCCGUCUGGCGUUGACGCAUUCAGUGCAAUGAGCCUGCAGGUUAUCACAGAGUGCGUAGGAGUGUUUGUCUUUUCUGCACUGAAGACCAAAAUGUUGCUCCGCUGCGUGUUCACGCUCAGUGCGCUCUUCUAAAACGAGCGCUCCCUCUGUUAUAUUACAUAAGUAAGAGUCAUCAGCCGACCUGCGGUGCGAUAACAUCCAUAAGGGGAGUCACUUCCUGUGAUGAUGAGCUGUUGAGAGGUGGCUCUGUGUGGCGUUUGUGCACCGUUAACCGGUACUACAACCUCCCGGCCAAUCACACCGCAGUGUCCUCUGUGUCUCCUGGCUGUUUGAGGGCUUUUGUACUGAAAGGAAAAUGGAGUUUUGCUUCACAGAGCAGAGACUUGUGCCAAAACCUCCACUCUGCAGCAUCGUUUGAUUUUUAAUUUUCCUUCCCAUUGAGCCGAUCAGAGCUGCGAUGGAGCCGGAGCUGUAAAAAACAAUUUCGGCGGUAAAUCCUGAAUGUUGACUGAAUGUGCUGCUGCAGACGGACUGCGUGUCGUCAUCAAGUGUCUGAAGCUGAGACCGAGAGAGAGUGCCGCUUCCUCUGAGGUCAUCCUCUGCAGGAGGAGGAGGAAGAGGAAACCGGGGAAGCUGGCACACAAGAUGGGAACGAUUACUCCGAGUUUAUAAUCCAAAAAACCCUGCAGAAAAGGUUGAGUGUGAAGAAAGUUUGCUGAGGAGACUCUGUGGUUUAAUCGUCACGACUUGAUCAGACAGUGUGAGACCUUCAACCUUCAUCACCUCUCACCUGUUGUUCCUGUAAUUUAAAUCAUAGUUGACAUCAUUUCAACCAAUCCGGAAUUUUUAAAGCUGAUUUCGAUAUUGAAAAGCUCAGAUCGCCUUCCUGCAGGGGGAGAGGAGAGGUCAGGAGAACCUGAAGAAAGACCUGGUGAGACGGAUCAAGAUGCUGGAGUACGCCCUCAAACAGGAGAGGGCCAAAUACCAUAAGACAAAAUAUGGGACAGAACUGAACCAGGGAGAGAUCAUACCUCCAAGUUAUGAUUCAGAUGAGGGGAAUGACAGUGAGGCUCCCAGUCCUCCAAACAGCAGCCAUCAGCUCAGCUGGAAACAAGGACGCCAGCUGCUCAGACAAUACCUGCAGGAGGUCGGAUACACAGACACCAUCCUGGAUGUGAAGUCUCAGAGAGUGAGAGCGCUGCUCGGUCUGACCGGAGACUCAGGGGAGAAACCUUCAGAGAGGAACGCCGAGCCGAUGGUCAACGGCACCGAACCGUCCUCCCUGAAGGACGGCGGCAUGCUCAGUAAACCCGACAUGUCGGACUCGGCCACCGUGUUGGAGGCCUUUAAGUUCAUAGAGAGCGCUGCAGCAGAAUUCAGCGACGAGGAUGAGGAGGAGGACAGCGAAGGAAGGGACAAGACCAUCUUAGACCUGGCUACAAUGGUGAGGAAGAAACAGUCGUCCACUCCUUCCUCCACGACCUCGGACCUCAGCGACGACCCCGACACGGAGGAGGCUCUGAAGGGUUUCGAUUUCUUGGCGAGUCCAGACGAGCUGGACGGGUCACCGGAGUCCAGGAGUGGGGAGGACAGCGGAGAGUGGGAGAAGGAAGAGUCUCCUCUGGGUGAAGUGGCCUGGGACGUGGACCAGGAACUGAUAGCCCAGCUCAAGGAGCGGUACAGGAAGGAGCGCAAGGGCAAGAAGGGGGUAAAGAGACCAAACCGGUCUCGGCUCCAGGACAUGCUGGCUAACCUGCGGGAUAAUGAGGAGCCCUCCAUGCAGACGCCAGUAACGCCCCCCUCCCGCCCCAGUGUACCCAGACUCAAUGAGCAAGAAGUGGGGCGCCCUGAAGACGAGGCGAUGACAUUCCUGCCGUCGUCUGGGAAGUCGUUCAUAAUGGGCAGAGUGGACGAGGCGGUUUCUAACGAGCUGGGACUGGGAGAACUGGCCGGACUGACGGUCGCCAACGAGGCCGACAGCCUGGCGUAUGACGCUACAAACCACCAUCAUCACGUGGAUUCUGCCCCUCAGAUCACCAACAACACAGACACUCUGAGGAAAACCUGGAACCCAAAGUUCACCCUGCGGAGCCACUUUGAUUCGGUCCGGAGUCUGGCCUUCCACCCGGUGGAGCCCGUCCUGGUCACCGCCUCCGAGGAUCACACCCUCAAACUGUGGAACCUCCAGAAGACGGCGCCCGCCAAGAAAUGUGCUGCUUUAGACGUGGAGCCCAUCUAUACAUUCAGAGCUCACAGCGGUGCUGUGCUGUGCGUCACCAUGAGCUCGAGUGGUGAGCAGUGCUUCAGCGGGGGGGUGGACGGUACCGUCCAGAGCUGGAACACCCCCAACCCCAACAUUGACCCCUACGACUCGUAUGAGCCCUCCGUCCUGCGGGGGGCGCUGUGUGGUCACACAGACUCGGUGUGGGGUGUGGUCUACAGCUCGGCCCACCAGCGCCUCCUCUCCUGCUCGGCUGAUGGGACGGUCCGGCUGUGGAACGCCGCCGACACCUCGCCGUCUCUCGCUGUUUUCAACGAGAGAGGAGAGCUCGGCGUGCCGACGUCGGUGGACCUGGUGAGCAGCGAGUCGGCUCACAUGGUGACGUCCUUCACCACCGGCCACAUCGGACUCUUCAACAUGGAGACGCAGCAGCUCGUCCUGAAGCUGGAGUCUGCCGGACCGCCAGAAGCUCCGUGCAAGAUCAAUAAAGUGCUGAGUCACCCCACGCUGCCAAUCACCAUCACAGCUCAGGAGGACCGGCACAUCCAGUUCUUCGAUAAUAACACAGGUAAACUGAUCCACUCGAUGGUUGCUCACCUGGACUCGGUCACGUGUCUCGCUGUGGAUCCAAACGGACUUUACCUCAUGUCUGGAAGUCACGACUGCUCGAUCCGUCUGUGGAACAUGGAGAGCAAGACGUGCAUCCAGGAGUUCACCGCUCACCGCAAGAAGUCCGAGGAGUCGAUCCACGACGUGGCGUUCCACCCCACCAAGUGCUACAUCGGCAGCGCCGGGGCCGACGCGCUCGCCAAGGUCUUCGUAUGACCUGAAACAACAGUGGGCGGAGCGGCAACGAGAAGUGAGAGGGUGGAGUUCGUCUCCACCUCCGAGUCUGGAUGAGGAAGCAGAAAACUGAAGGUGACUGUUUACGUGGACUGCUCCUUUAAGAUUUGUCAAAUAUUCACCCCCCCCCUCUUCGGACUUAGGCUGGCCCGGGUCCCGAAACAAACAAACCUCUGGAUGAGACGAUGAAUGAAAACAGGAAGUGGCAAAAAAUAUGAAUAAACAGGAAGUCUCGGUACAUUUUAGUGAAGCUGGAAUUCUUUUUUUCUUUAACAUAAAAACUCCCCGCCAUCACUGACCCCAAACACUGCAGUAACAACAGCCAGCGUGUGCUGAUGUUGCUUCGAAACAUUGUUCAUGAUUAACGUGCCUUUUUUCUUCACAACAUGAAUUAUUUUAGGUGUUGAGGAAAAUUUAUUUCGUUCACGAGAAGAUCGACUUUUUUGAAAAGUAACGACCCAAUUUAAAAAAAAAAUACAAUUCUGUCUUCAAAAUGUUUCAUUUUCUAACAAGUGAAGACUAAAUCCCCUCAUUUCGCUCUAGAUGAGAUCCCACUCUGCACAAGAAGUUUUGCUUAAUUUGGUGUAAUUUUAAUUUUCUCCCGUUUAAGUCGUUGCCCGCAGCCUGAGGAAGACGUUGAAUCAGUCUGAUUUUGGAGAUCCUGUAAAGGUCUGGAGGUCUGGUCACUGGUCUGGAAUCAGUGACACUUGUGCUGGGUGGACAGUCACAGUGACAGAGACUCAGCAGGUCAGAUCACAAACAUCGGAAGAGUUUUAUUUCAAAGUGAGAAAGCCUUUCAUCAGAGAAGAUGUGUCCCUCCGUUCAUAUAGUUGGAGCAACAACACUCACAGACAAUUAUCUGGAGUUUAAUUUUCAUGCUUUUAUUUUCUGCACAGUCGGCUGUGGUUCGCCAUAGAAAAAGAGAGAUCGGUGUCGUAGUUGUGAUGGCAAAUCAAUAGAUUUUGGCAGCAGCAAAUGCCUUGAGUUGUGAAUUUAAAGGAGCAGUGUGUAGGAUAUAGAGGCCUCUAGUGGUGAGGUUGCAGAUUGCAAUCAACUGAAUACCCGACCGCUCACCCCACCCGUUCACAAGUGUGUCGGAGAACUACGGUGGCCUUCAGGUAAAAACGCGAAAGGUUCUCUCUAGAGCCGGUGUUUGGUUUGUCCGUUCUGAGCUUCUGUAGAAACAUGGCGCUGAUAGAUAUGAAGAGCUCAUUCUCAGCUGACAAAAACACAAUGAUUCUUAGUAUCAUGUGAUAUAAACACUAAUACAAACAUGUAUUUUAUUCCAUUUCUGUCAAUGGAACCCUUUAAAUCCUACACACUGGCCCUUUAAGAGCAGGAGAGCUGCUGAGGGGCAGAACAUCAGGAAUUGGACGGUUUGUCAAACUUCCUGUCUGAAUAAUUCGACAACACUGUGCUGCCGCUCUUUGGUGUAGCGUUUAAAGUCGACACAGGGUCAUUUGUGUCCUCCACAUUCCCACCCGAGCACCAAACAUGCACAGACACACUGGUUACAUGUAACCCCACACAUCUGCUGUCAUGUGACACUUUGAUGGCUCUAGAUCAAAUCAAGAGCUUCUCUCCGAAGGGAAAUAGGUAGAAAAAACAACAACAAAUGAAUCUGAAUUAACAGAAAUAUUUCAGGUUUUAAUUCUUGGCCAAAUAUUUAGGAUUGAAUCUCUUCUGAUUCGUUAGUUUUGAUCGACGUUGUGGUGGCGAGGCUCCGUUUGAAAACCUGCUGCUUUUUUACUGUGUAUUUAUAGUUGAAGAUUUGUGACAAACUGCAGCGAGAGAGAGAAAAAAAACCUGCAGUGAAGCUUUUCUCAUUUUUCUGUUUUACUUUUGAUCACGUAAAGUAUUUAUUAAUUACUUAAUGACGCCAAAUUUAAAGCCAAAACAUUGAACCGAGACAACGAGACGCUUCCUACUAAACCUGACAGUUGUUGUUGCUAACGCUAAUUAGCUCAUUUUGUUGUGAAAUAACGGUAGUGCAACACUUUUAGUAACAGCUGUUUAGUUCCCAAACUGCACACGAGCUCCCCUCAACGCUUUCUAUGCUGACUGCCUGAAGAUAUUGUACUUUGUGUAAUUAUUAUUAUCAUUAUUAUUAUUACUACAUUAUUUGGAGCGAUUACUAGUUUUUUAAACGACUCUUUGUGUUUGGUGACAGACUUGUAAAGAUACAAGUAGACCUUUUCUUUUUUUAAAGGCGUGUUCUCUGUUUUACUUGAAAAGUGAAGUUUAUUCCUUUGGGGUUCCUGCUGGUGUUGUAAGAAGUACUUAUACAUGACUUUACCUCUUAGCACUACAUAACACUUUGUUUUUGCUUUUUACCAAAUUAUCAUCUCAAAAACGCAGCCGUGUUCGUGGGAUGGAGGGAAACUUUUGGGGAGUUUGUGUUUCUCUUCUUUUUAACGUAAACGGUGUAAAAAGGGUAAACGGAUAUGUGUACAGUUUUUAAGUAUUACAGCAGAUCUAUUUAUGAAUGUGGUGUAAUUUAAGGGACAUUUUAACCGCAAAGUGAGCAAGUCAGCAAAUCAUUCACCGACUUCUAGUUGAGCCGAAAGAUCAACCUUUAUUUAUGCGACACGUAUAAACACGCGGCUUUCCUGUGAAAUGUGUGGAGUCUGGUUGUUUUGGCGCUUCACCUCAUCUCAGUCUGAGCUCAGUGGCAGAAAUGUCCUUUUGGUGUGAACUGUUCCUUUAAAACAGCUGUUUUAAUGUGACGAUACGACACAUUACACUUUGAUUCUGGCACUUUUUGAAAUGUCUGUAUCCAAAGCGUUUGCUUCAAAUCCAGAUGAACACAACUAAAGAAUCUCCCCACAAUAAAAUACACAAGAGAGCGGUGUUUUUCAUGUUUAUCCAGUCCGACAAAUUUGGAAAAGUUCCAUCAACCAAUCAGAGAGACUCACAGGGGCACAUGAUGCACUCUUUGCAAUUACCCAUAACACUCGUCUCUGCUUACAAUAAUAUUUAUGAUAUUUGAACAUGUACAGAGGAACAAAACGGAGAGAAAAAGAUAAAGCUGGCUUCUUGUGGACGUACUAAAGCUUUCAACCAACAGCAAAUGUUCUUUACACUACAUCCAGAACAUUUGUAGACUCGGCUGCAGUCUGGAUCUCUGCAGACCUCAAAAAAACAAAACAACUGGAAUGAUUUGAGAGAGAGUUGAACAUCACUUGAGACGAAAGGGUUUGUGUGGCCCUUUUUAAAGGGCCAUGAGCCAAAAGAAAAGUUUGGGAACCGCUGAUUUAAAGUGACAGGAAACAUUAAGUGGAUGCAGGAAAUAAGCAGAAUCACGUUGGGACUGUGCUGCAAGUGACAAACAGAUUUGUGAUGAUUUUGAAUGGAGUCUGGUUGUUUGUUUGUUAAUCCCGGCGUUGCAGAAACGUGACCGUUAUAACACUCCUGUCUGCAAAUGAAUGAAAGUAAAGCCUAAAUAAAAUAAAGGUGUUUUUUGCUCCAUAUUUUGGUUUAUUUCCGUACUCAAAUAUUCCGACAAGAGCUGAAUCAGAAUAAACCUCAAUAAUACCAGACUCUAUUCACAUCUGUCUACUUUAUUUCACUUUCAGAGCAAUAGAAUCGGCGUGUUUUCCAUUCAUUUAAUCUAAUUUACCAUUUUACACUGACUAUGGUCACCCACACUACAAAAGCAGUAACACUAGUCAGUCGUGAUGUAGGCAGCUGAACUCUUGUCAGAUUUAUAUUUUGUUUUGUUUUCAGAGCUGAACCUUUGGACUGAAUAAAACCUGUUCAGUUUGCCUGUAAAUGAUUGUUGUCCUUCAAUGUGUACAGUGAAACUAUCAAAGAGAGAUUAUAGAUGCUAAUCUGGCUGUACAUAAAGUACAUAAAGUACAUACAGGUGUUGUUUCCAUUGUUGUUGGGUUGUUUUUCAAAAUGGGAGAGUGAUUUAUCAGUAACAACAAUAAAGAAAUACGUUGUAUAUCA